UGCAUUCAAGAGAUUAUGGAUAGACUUCCUGAUUGGACUUAUGGUGUAAAUGGAACGACGUCACAGCCCGGUCAGAAUUGCGGCAACGCUACAAGUUUGUCACGCGACGAAAUCCUGGUAACUGCACCAUCCUGGACAGCAGUUAAUCAGCAUCUAAAAUGGAUUUUUCCUUUACAUUCUUACGGAUUUGCGUGUCUCUUCUUUGUACUGAGCUUCUAUACUCUCUUCUCUAUUUUAAAUUUAAGGUCUCUUAUCUCUAGUCGGCCUUUCAUGAUCACAAUUAACGUAUUCCUAUGUAUUCUUGGAGCAUCCCGAAGUGGCUGUUUGUUUAUUGAUCCUUAUAAUCUGCAAGAGACGAUGCCGAAAGUAAUUGGCUCAAUAAUGUGGGACAUUGGAUUUCCUUGUGUGACCUCGGCCUUUUGCCUCGUUCAAUUGGCCUUCCUUCAACUUACCCAAAUAAAGUUCGGCCCCAAGAGACUGCAAAAGGAAUCAUGGUUGAGUUUUGUGAUAACUUCCCAUUUUUCAUUUGUUAUUGCAAGCGACGUUGCCUUGGCUUUUCACAAUCAUUACGUUACCAAAUACGUUGUACAAACGCUUUUCCUCAUCUGGAGUAUUAUCUUGUACCUGACAUUUCUUCACGCCGGCUACAAAGCAAUGGAUAUCGUAAGGACUUUACCAAGUAAUGCACUCAUUCGUGACAGUUCAUUGGGUAAUCAAAAAGGCAUAAUGCAAUUAGCAAUGUUGGCUCCAUACAAUAAUCUGGCUUCCUCUGUUGCUGCAGCUCUAGUUCCCACGUUGUUUAGCCAAAGAACAAAGUCUGAAGACACUGAAAUAAUAAACAUCAAUUGCAAUGAAAACAUUAAAAUGGAAAAUGAACGAAGGGACCAAUUUAAUAGCAAUUCAACAGCAAUAUCAAAUGUUAAAAAUAAUAAAGAUUACACAAACCAGCAGCAGCAGCAGCAGCAAACAUCAACAGUUCCAGAAGUAUACGUAAGACCACCCACUCCAACUCCAUCAGCAGUUCUUCCAAUAAUAACAGUGUCAUGUCCAAGUCGGCGAAGCUCUUUGGCGAACAGCCGACGGGGUAGCGACGUAUCGGGCCGGGAAUCUAGAAGAAGCUCAGCAAGCAGUGUUAAGUUCAUAAAUGAAGAAGACAACUCGUCUAUUGCAGAAAAAAAAUCUCCUGUUACUGACAGACCGGUUACACCGGAAGGAAUCUUAAGGAGAAACUCAGACAUACAAACCCCAACAGGCAGCAUUAAAGAUCUUCGUCGAUGCUCCGACUUUAGUCACGAGAAGAAUAGAACUUCUCAGUUUGCGACAAAGCUGAGAAGAAAUUCCGAUUUUGGAAAUCGAACGCCAAAAAGAAUGCUUCCAACAGACGAACCAAGAUUGCCGCAAGUUCUUGACGUAAGUCCUAGUAGUUCGCGGCGAAAUUCAGAUCUUGGUGGUCUGGCUGCUGUUAAAAUACCAGAGUCGAGGCGCAAUUCCGACAUUUCUUACAGACGCAGUUCAGAUAUAGGACAAAUUCGACCGCUGUUUAUGAAUCGCCGUACUAGUGAUGUCAGUAUCAAAACUUUGGACAAAAGCCCGACACACUUUCAAAGCACAGUACCUAAGAUGGAGAUAUUGGAAAAUAAAUCGGAAUCAGAUUCAGAUCAACAUGAUUACUGCAAUGAAAAGGCUGCGCUGAUGAAUAAUGAUAAGCCAAAGUCUAAAGAAGAGGAUAACAGAGGACGGAAAAAAAGCUUGUCGUGGAAAAAUAUUGACAAGUUUAAAGAUGAUCAAGAUAUCACUGCUGAGAGCAGUUUGCUGCCUGAUAAUAACAACUCAGCGUCUGAUAGAGGAGGAAGUGACUUUACUCUUCAUGCUAUUCUAAAUCACAUUGCAAAUGUGAAUCGUGCUAAAACAGACAUUCCACUUCAAAUAGAAUCGUCCUGUGGAGUCAGUCGUAAAUCACAAGUACGCAGAGUUCUUCAUGUUAUUUAUGCAACAGCUGUCUUGGGAAUUAUUCUAUGUGCUACUUUAAAUUACGGAGAACGCCUGGAAGCUGUGAAAUAUCCAAAACCAUUACCUUGGAUAAUAUAUCAGACUAUUUGUCGUGGAUUAGAAUUAAUAAUGGGCUGUUGCAUGGCAAGUAUUACUAAACAAUCAUCUAUA